AUGGAUAAUGAUUUUCGCCAAAUCUCAGUAUUACCGCAAUUGGCUAAAGUCUUAGAAAGCAUCCAACUUAAAUUAAACAAAGGGGACCUUAAGAUCAAGGACAAUCAACAUGCAUUUACACACGGUAGAGCAACUGUAUCUGCACUGGCGAGCAUCACCCAAAAUUGGUUCAACAAGACUGAAAACUCACGUGAUGGAAGAAUGGGUAUCCACGCCCUAUUUAUUGACUUUUGCAAAGCAUUUGAUCUGGUGGACCACGGAUUGCUUUUAAGGAAGCUCGUCAAAAUGAACGUGUCGAAAAGCUUCUGGCUAUGGGCACGGAGCUUUCUAGAAGGGAGGAGUCAGCAAGUAAAAUUACAAGGUGCUCUGUCACCUAUAAGGCCUUGCCCUUCCGGAGUCCCCCAGGGAUCUGUUAUAUCACCAACAUUGUUUAAUGUUCAUGUGGAUGACCUCGAAGACUGCAUUCCCAAUUAUGUGGACAUCAAUACGCACAUAUACGCAGAUGACUGA